AAUUGCAUAGAAUAAUAACGUCUUUUAUGGCCGGCCGAUUUUUUGCUCAAUAAAUUGGCCAUGGCCGGCCGCGUGUAUUUGUACAAUUGGUCUUGUCUUGUUUUUUUGGUUAAUCCCGAAUGAAUGUCCUUUGAUAAUCGUUGACAACCCUUUCAAACAAAAAAAAAAUCAUGUCUGGACACCAUGGUGGUGAUAUUCCCGGACAACAUCCACCACCUGGUAUGCCUGUUGGUGUUGUUGUUUAUCCUCAUCAUGCAAUGCAUCCCGGACAACCAUAUUUACCGAUGGAUGUAGCCGGUGUUUCUACACUGCCAUCAGUUCAUCCAUUAUUACCACCAGGUCAUCAUCAUCCACCACCUGGAAUGCCACAAAUGCAUCAUCCGGGUGUGAUGCCACCAUACUCAAUGAUACCCCAUCCAGCACAACAGCAACCACCGCCACCAAUCAUGUCGCAUAUGCAUCAACAGCCACCACCAUCAUCAUCGCAACAACAAAUUCAAUCAGAUUUAGCCAAUUUACCAUUGCCUACCGAGUAUGAUCGUAAUUCGUUUCUAACCGAAGAAGAAUUGAAAGAAAAAUCAAAAAAAUGGCAACAACUUCAAACGAAACGUUAUGCAGAGAAGAAAAAAUUUGGCUUUGUUGAACAACAAAAAGAGGAUAUGCCGCCAGAACAUUUACGAAAAAUUAUUCGUGAUCAUGGUGAUAUGACAUCGAAAAAAUAUCGUCACGAUAAACGUGUUUAUCUCGGAGCAUUGAAAUAUAUACCACAUGCAGUUUUGAAAUUAUUGGAAAAUAUGCCAAUGCCAUGGGAACAGAUUCGUGAUGUACAAGUUCUCUAUCAUAUUACAGGAGCUAUAACAUUCGUGAAUGAAAUUCCAUGGGUUGUCGAACCGAUUUACAUUGCUCAAUGGGGCACAAUGUGGGUUAUGAUGCGACGAGAGAAACGUGAUCGUCGUCAUUUCAAACGUAUGCGUUUUCCUCCAUUUGAUGAUGAAGAACCACCACUAGACUAUGCAGAUAAUCUACUUGAUGUUGAACCAUUAGAAGCCAUACAAAUGGAACUUGAUUCAGAAGAUGAUCGUCAUGUUUAUGAUUGGUUUUACGAUCAUAAACCAUUGGUGGAUACAAAACAUGUUAAUGGAUCAUCAUAUCGUCGUUGGAAUUUAACGCUACCACAAUUGGCUUCAUUAUAUCGUUUAGCAAAUCAACUAUUAACCGAUUUAGUUGAUGAUAAUUAUUUCUACCUGUUUGAUCUGACAUCAUUUUUUACGGCCAAAGCAUUGAAUAUGGCCAUACCUGGUGGACCAAAAUUUGAACCAUUAGUCAAGGAUAUAAAUCCAGCUGAUGAAGAUUGGAAUGAAUUCAAUGAUAUCAACAAGAUUAUUAUUCGUCAUCCAAUACGUACCGAAUAUCGUAUUGCAUUCCCAUAUCUAUACAAUAAUCUGCCAAAUGAACAUGUUUAUAUUUCAUGGUAUCAUACACCGAAUGUUGUGUUUAUCAAAACAGAAGAUUCUGAUCUUCCGGCAUUCUAUUUUGAUCCACUUAUUAAUCCUAUUUCACAUAGCCGUACAGAUCGUUCAGCUGAACCAUUACCUGUUGAAGAUAAAGAUGAGCCAUUUAUGUUACCCGAAUCGGUUAAACCAUUAUUAUCGAAUUGUCCAUUGUAUACGGAUAAUACUGCCAGUGGAAUAUCACUAUUGUGGGCACCACGUCCAUACAAUCUUCGUUCGGGACGUUGUCGUCGUGCUAUCGAUGUUCCAUUGGUACAAAGUUGGUAUCGUGAACAUUGUCCACCUGGUAUGCCGGUCAAAGUUCGUGUUUCAUAUCAGAAAUUAUUGAAAUAUUUCGUUCUGAAUGCCCUGCAUCAUCGUCAUCCGAAACCACAGAAAAAACGUUAUCUUUUCCGAUCAUUUAAAUCGACGAAAUUUUUUCAAAGCACCACUAUCGAUUGGGUCGAAGCUGGUCUACAAGUUUGUCGUCAAGGUUAUAAUAUGCUGAAUCUAUUGAUUCAUCGAAAAAAUCUGAAUUAUCUUCAUUUGGAUUAUAAUUUCAAUUUGAAGCCCGUGAAAACAUUGACAACUAAAGAACGUAAAAAAUCUCGUUUCGGUAAUGCUUUUCAUCUUUGCCGAGAAAUUCUUCGUCUUACGAAAUUGGUAGUAGAUAGUCAUGUACAAUAUCGAUUGAAUAAUGUUGACGCAUAUCAAUUGGCCGAUGGUCUGCAGUACAUUUUUUCUCAUGUUGGCCAAUUAACUGGAAUGUAUCGAUACAAAUAUAAACUAAUGCGACAAAUACGAAUGUGUAAAGAUUUGAAACAUUUAAUCUAUUAUCGAUUCAAUACUGGGCCGGUUGGCAAAGGACCUGGUUGUGGAUUCUGGGCACCAAGUUGGCGUGUAUGGCUGUUUUUUAUGCGUGGUAUAACACCGCUUCUAGAACGUUGGCUUGGUAAUCUUCUUUCACGACAAUUCGAAGGUCGACAUUCAAAAGGUGUAGCAAAAACUGUGACAAAACAACGUGUCGAGUCACAUUUUGAUCUGGAAUUACGUGCAUCGGUUAUGCAUGAUAUUAUCGAUAUGAUGCCUGAAGGAAUUAAACAUAAUAAAGCACGGACCAUAUUACAACAUCUGAGUGAAGCUUGGCGUUGUUGGAAAGCUAAUAUACCGUGGAAAGUGCCCGGAUUACCGAUUCCAAUCGAGAAUAUGAUUCUUCGUUAUGUUAAAAUGAAAGCCGAUUGGUGGACCAACACCGCUCAUUAUAAUCGUGAACGUAUUCGUCGUGGUGCUACUGUCGACAAGACUGUUUGUAAAAAAAAUCUUGGCCGUCUAACACGAUUAUAUUUGAAAGCUGAACAAGAACGACAACACAAUUAUCUGAAAGAUGGUCCAUAUGUUAGUGCCGAGGAAGCUGUAGCAAUCUAUACAACCACGGUUCAUUGGUUGGAAAGUCGUCGUUUCUCACCGAUACCAUUUCCACCACUUUCGUAUAAACAUGAUACAAAAUUAUUGAUUCUAGCAUUAGAACGAUUGAAAGAAGCAUAUUCGGUUAAAUCACGUCUUAAUCAAUCACAACGUGAAGAACUUGGCUUAAUCGAGCAAGCAUAUGAUAAUCCACAUGAAGCAUUAUCACGUAUUAAACGUCAUCUUUUGACACAACGUGCAUUUCGUGAAGUUAGUAUUGAAUUCAUGGAUCUUUAUUCGCAUUUGGUUCCUGUUUAUGAUGUUGAGCCAUUGGAAAAAAUUACCGACGCCUAUCUGGAUCAAUAUCUUUGGUAUGAAGCCGAUAAACGACAUUUAUUUCCAGCCUGGGUUAAACCUGCCGAUUCAGAACCACCACCAUUAUUAGUGUAUAAAUGGUGUCAAGGUAUCAAUAAUCUACAGGAUGUAUGGGAUACAACACAUGGUGAAUGUAAUGUAAUGUUGGAAACAAAAUUCGAAAAAAUGUAUGAAAAGAUUGAUCUUACACUUUUGAAUCGUUUAUUACGAUUGAUUGUUGAUCAUAAUAUUGCUGAUUAUAUGACUGCCAAAAAUAAUGUUGUCAUCAAUUACAAGGACAUGAAUCAUACAAAUUCCUAUGGUAUUAUACGUGGUUUACAAUUUUCAUCAUUUAUUGUUCACUAUUAUGGUCUUGUACUCGAUUUGCUUGUACUCGGACUGCAACGUUCAAGCGAGAUGGUCGGUCCACCACAAAUGCCAAAUGACUUUCUUACCUAUCAAGAUGUAGCAACGGAAAUUUCUCAUCCAAUACGUUUAUAUUCACGUUACAUUGAUCGUAUACAUGUUUAUUUCCGUUUUACAGCUGAAGAAGCCAGAGAUCUGAUACAACGAUAUCUUACUGAACAUCCAGAUCCAAAUAAUGAAAAUAUUGUCGGUUAUAAUAAUAAAAAAUGUUGGCCUCGUGAUGCACGUAUGCGACUGAUGAAACACGACGUUAAUCUUGGUCGUGCUGUUUUUUGGGACAUCAAAAAUCGUCUACCACGUUCGGUUACUACCAUACAAUGGGAUAAUAGUUUUGUUUCCGUCUACAGUAAAGAUAAUCCAAAUCUGUUGUUCAAUAUGGGUGGUUUUGAAUGUCGAAUCCUUCCGAAAUGUCGUAUGGCACAAGAAGAAUUUGUACAUAAAGAUGGUGUAUGGAAUCUACAGAACGAGGUGACAAAAGAACGAACUGCACAAUGUUUUCUUCGUGUCGACGAUGAAUCAAUGCAACGAUUUCAUAACCGUGUUCGUCAAAUUCUCAUGGCAUCUGGUUCGACGACAUUUACUAAAAUUGUUAAUAAAUGGAAUACGGCACUGAUUGGUUUGAUGACCUAUUUUCGUGAAGCAGUUGUGAAUACUCAAGAAUUGUUGGAUUUAUUGGUGAAAUGUGAGAAUAAAAUACAGACACGUAUCAAGAUUGGUUUGAAUUCCAAAAUGCCAAGUCGAUUCCCGCCUGUUGUAUUUUAUACACCAAAAGAAUUGGGUGGUCUUGGUAUGCUUUCAAUGGGUCAUGUACUUAUACCACAAUCCGAUUUACGAUGGUCCAAACAAACUGAUGUUGGUAUUACACAUUUUCGUUCGGGUAUGUCACAUGAUGAAGAUCAAGUUAUACCGAAUCUAUAUCGUUACAUACAACCAUGGGAAACGGAAUUUAUUGAUUCACAACGUGUAUGGGCUGAAUAUGCUUUGAAACGACAGGAAGCAUUGGCACAAAAUCGUCGUUUAACAUUGGAAGAUCUGGAAGAUAGUUGGGAUCGUGGUAUACCACGUAUUAAUACAUUAUUUCAAAAAGAUCGUCAUACAUUGGCAUAUGAUAAAGGUUGGCGUGUACGUACCGAUUUCAAACAAUAUCAGGUACUAAAACAGAAUCCAUUCUGGUGGACACAUCAACGUCAUGAUGGUAAACUGUGGAAUCUAAAUAAUUAUCGUACCGAUAUGAUACAAGCGUUAGGAGGUGUUGAAGGCAUACUGGAACACACGUUAUUCAAAGGAACAUAUUUCCCUACAUGGGAAGGUUUGUUCUGGGAAAAGGCCAGUGGUUUUGAAGAAUCAAUGAAAUAUAAAAAAUUAACGAAUGCACAACGUUCUGGUUUGAAUCAGAUACCGAAUCGUCGUUUUACAUUAUGGUGGUCACCAACAAUUAAUCGUGCCAAUGUUUAUGUUGGUUUCCAGGUGCAACUAGAUUUGACCGGCAUAUUUAUGCAUGGUAAAAUACCAACAUUGAAAAUAUCAUUGAUUCAAAUAUUUCGUGCACAUUUAUGGCAAAAAAUCCAUGAAAGUGUUGUCAUGGACUUGUGUCAGGUUUUUGAUCAAGAAUUGGAUGCAUUGGAAAUUGAAACCGUGCAAAAAGAAACAAUUCAUCCACGUAAAUCAUAUAAAAUGAAUUCAUCAUGUGCAGAUAUCCUGCUGUUUGCCGCCUAUAAAUGGAAUGUAUCGCGGCCAUCACUUCUGGCUGAUAGUAAAGAUGUGAUGGAUGGAACAACAACACAAAAAUAUUGGAUCGAUGUACAACUUCGUUGGGGUGAUUAUGAUUCACAUGAUAUUGAACGUUAUGCACGAGCGAAAUUCUUGGAUUAUACAACCGAUAAUAUGAGUAUUUAUCCAUCACCAACCGGUGUUUUAAUUGCCAUCGAUCUGGCAUAUAAUCUGCAUUCAGCAUACGGGAAUUGGUUUCCGGGCGCAAAACCAUUGAUACAACAAGCAUUGGCUAAAAUAAUGAAAGCAAAUCCAGCUCUCUACGUACUUCGUGAACGUAUCCGUAAAGGUCUUCAGCUUUAUUCCUCCGAGCCAACUGAACCUUAUCUAUCAUCACAGAAUUAUGGUGAAUUAUUUUCCAAUCAAAUCAUUUGGUUUGUCGAUGAUACGAAUGUAUAUCGUGUUACGAUACAUAAAACAUUCGAAGGAAAUCUAACGACCAAACCGAUUAAUGGUGCCAUUUUCAUAUUCAAUCCACGUACUGGACAGUUAUUUUUGAAAAUUAUUCAUACAAGUGUAUGGGCUGGACAAAAACGUCUCGGUCAAUUGGCCAAAUGGAAAACAGCCGAAGAGGUUGCCGCUUUGAUUCGUUCAUUACCUGUGGAAGAACAACCGAAACAGAUUAUUGUAACACGAAAAGGAAUGUUGGAUCCAUUGGAGGUUCAUUUGUUGGAUUUUCCAAAUAUCGUUAUCAAAGGUAGUGAACUUCAGCUACCAUUCCAAGCGUGUCUAAAAGUGGAAAAAUUUGGUGAUCUCAUUCUAAAAGCUACUGAACCACAAAUGAUUCUAUUCAAUCUUUAUGAUGAUUGGUUGAAAACCAUUUCAUCGUAUACAGCUUUUUCACGUUUGAUUCUUAUAUUACGUGCAUUGCAUGUGAAUAAUGAACGUACCAAGGUGAUAUUGAAACCAGAUAAAACAACCAUUACGGAACAACAUCAUAUUUGGCCCAGUCUGACGGAUGAAGAAUGGAUUAAAGUUGAAGUUCAAUUGAAAGAUUUAAUUCUAGCUGAUUAUGGUAAAAAGAACAAUGUCAAUGUAGCAUCAUUGACACAAUCAGAAAUUCGUGACAUUAUACUCGGAAUGGAAAUAUCGGCACCAUCCGCCCAGCGGCAACAGAUUGCUGAGAUUGAAAAACAAACAAAAGAACAAUCACAAUUGACUGCAGUGACCACACGUACAGUGAAUAAACAUGGUGAUGAAAUUAUUACAUCGACAACAUCCAAUUAUGAAUCACAAUCAUUUGCAAGUAAAACUGAAUGGCGUAUUCGUGCCAUUUCAGCUACAAAUCUUCAUUUGCGUACUAAACAUAUUUAUGUUUCAUCCGAUGACAUCAAAGAAACUGGAUACACUUAUAUAUUGCCGAAAAAUAUAUUGAAAAAAUUCAUCAUCAUCUCGGAUCUUCGUACACAGAUUGCUGGUUAUAUUUAUGGUGUGAGUCCAUCGGAUAAUCCACAAGUGAAAGAAAUACGUUGUAUUUUAAUGCCACCACAAUGGGGCACUCAUCAAACAAUUCAUCUACCGAAUCAAUUGCCGCAACAUGAAUUGUUGAGCGAACUUGAACCACUUGGUUGGAUACAUACACAGCCGAAUGAAUUACCACAAUUAUCACCACAAGAUGUAACGACACAUGCAAAAAUAAUGAUGGAUAAUCAAUCAUGGGAUUCGGAAAAAACCAUUGUCAUCACUUGUUCAUUCACUCCUGGUUCAUGUUCAUUGACAGCAUAUAAACUGACUCCCAGUGGUUUCGAGUGGGGCCGUCAAAAUACUGAUCGUGGUAAUAAUCCUAAAGGCUAUCUACCAUCACAUUAUGAAAAAGUACAGAUGCUUUUAUCCGAUCGUUUUCUUGGUUUCUAUAUGACACCGGCACAAGGUUCAUGGAACUAUAAUUUUAUGGGUGUACGCCAUGAUCCAUCGAUGAAGUAUGAAUUACAGCUAUCGAAUCCAAAGGUUUUCUAUCAUGAAAUUCAUCGUCCAGCACAUUUUUCGAAUUUCACCACAAUUGAUGAAUCCGAUUAUGUUGGCGCUGAUCGUGAAGAUGUUUUUGCUUAAUGAAAAAC